UCCGGCUCCCAUCUCCGAGUAGAAGGUCGCCCCGUUUCGUCGCCGCUCUUCUUCCUAGCCGGCAGAAAUCACGUGGAGGGCUGGCUCCUUUCCCAGUCUCCGCGAUCGCAGUAGCGGCGUGGCUAUUUUAAAGUCAACCCCCCCCCCUCCUCUCUAAGCCAAGGAGUUCCUCCUAGCUUGGGACCCGUCUCAGUUUCAAACCUGCGGCUCCCAGGCAAUAAAGGUUUAUACUCGUAGGCGCCUUGUGCGAGCGCCCGCGUCCGGGGUAAAGCAGUGGAAUUUCGCCUUGCAGGAUUUCGAAGCGCCCCGUUUUCCCGCUACGCCCCUCUCCCCCCUCCCUUCAAUCCCUAUGUAAGGCUGCCUCGGGGUAAUGGAUUCCCGAGCGUGAACUAUUAAACUGCUUCUGGCAAGUUAUGCUUGCUGCCUGCCAUGCGGUUGUGAGCUGUCUUGAAUGAAACGCGCCCGGCGGGAAAGAAGAGAGCCAAACUGAGGAGGAAGAAAAUAAUAAUAAUAAUAAUAACCCAGGACGCGUCUCUUUCUCUACUCCAAGUUUUCAAUUCAGCCGCCUCGAGAUGGAUGGGGAUGGGAUUCACCUCCACAGAAUGGCCCGCGCGUCAUACCCUGACAGUUCAUUUCAUGGGGUGGAGUUUCUCCCAGAAAAUUUCAGAGAUGCUUCUAAUGAAACAACAAUGAGGAUGAAUGAGAAAUACUCCACAUUACCUGCCGAGGAGAAGGGAAUCCACAUCAUCAACAUCAGAGCUAUUGAAGACAUCGGCUAUGUUCGCACAGAAAGUACACUAUUAAAUUCAUUCUCACAAGAUCCAGAUGCCAACUGCAAAUAUGGACUUUUUUUUAGAGAUGGCAAAAGGAAAGUGGAUUAUAUUCUGGUUUACCACUACAAGAAGUCCUCAUUUAGUAAGACACUCACUCGGCGAAUCCAUUUCAAUGAUAUGGGACCUCGAAGCGUUAAGCAAGACAAACCACUUCCUGGAAAAGGAGGGCAGCUUAGCAUGGAUGAAGGUGCACCUCACAUGGAUUAUCAUGAAGAUGACAAGAGAUUCCGCAGAGAAGAGUAUGAAAGCAACCUUAUGCAGGCUGGCCUUGAGCUGGAAAGAGAUGAAGAUACAAAAAUACAUGGUCUUGGAUUUAUAAAAAUUCAUGCUCCUUGGAACGUUUUGUGCCGCGAAGCAGAGUUUAUGAAACUGAAGAUGCCCACAAAAAAGGUGUAUCAAAUUCAUCAACCUCAUGGCCUUUUGAAAAAGAUCAAUUCUGUAAUCCAAAAAAUAACAGAACCCAUUCAACCUAAAGUGGCAGAACAUAAGCAUCAGACAGUGAAACGACUUUCCUAUCCUUUCUCAAGGGAGAAGCAACACUUGUUUGACCUCUCUGAUAAAGACUUCUUUUUUGAUAGCAAAACUAGAAGUACCAUAGUUUAUGAAAUACUGAAAAGAACUACAUGCACCAAAGCCAAGUAUAGUAUGGGGAAAGGAGAGGGAAGAAAGAAGGACACUACCCUUUUAAAUAAAAGACGAAAAUGUGAUAAAUAUGGAAUCACCAGUCUACUUGCCAAUAGUGUUUACAGUGCUGCAUAUCCCUUGCAUGAUGGUGAUUAUGAAGGUGACUAUGUUGAGCCUAAUGACAGAAAACUCCUGUGUGAAGAAUGGGCAAGUUAUGGAGUAUUUUAUAAAUAUCAACCAAUUGACUUAGUUAGGAAGUACUUUGGUGAAAAGAUUGGACUAUAUUUUGCCUGGCUGGGAGUUUAUACACAAAUGCUCAUUCCAGCUUCUAUUGUGGGAAUUAUCGUGUUCCUUUAUGGUUGUGCAACUGUUGAUGAGAAUAUACCAAGCAUGGAGAUGUGUGACCAGAGAAACAAUAUCACCAUGUGCCCCUUGUGUGACAGAACAUGCAGCUAUUGGAAAUUAAGCUCUGCUUGUGCCACUGCUCGGGCUAGCCAUCUUUUUGAUAAUCCAGCCACUGUCUUCUUCUCAGUCUUCAUGGCUCUCUGGGCUGCUACCUUUAUGGAACACUGGAAGAGAAAACAGAUGCGUCUGAAUUAUAAAUGGGAUCUUACUGGUUUUGAAGAAGAAGAAGAGGCAGUCAAGGAUCACCCAAGAGCUGAGUAUGAAGCAAAAGUAUUAGAAAAAUCUCUCAAGAAAGAAUACAGAAACAAAGAGAAGGGCCAGCAAUUGCCAGAAGAGGCAGCUAACAAAUGGCGAAAAAGAGUUAAGAGAGUCAUGGCUGGGAUGAAAUUGACUGAAAAAGAAAAACUGACAUGGAAAGAUCGGUUCCCAGCAUACUUCACAAAUUUUGUGAGCAUUAUUUUCAUGAUUGGACUGACAUUUGCUAUUGUUUUUGGGGUUAUUAUAUACCGAAUCUCCACUGCAGCAGCUUUAGCCAUCAGCUCCUCUCCAGGAGGCAGGUCGAAUGUUAGAGUGACGGUCACAGCCACUGCAGUAAUUAUUAAUCUGGUGGUGAUAAUAAUCUUGGAUGAAGUAUAUGGCUGCAUAGCUAGAUGGUUGACUCAGAUUGAGGUUCCAAAAACAGACAAAAGUUUUGAAGAACGACUUAUCUUCAAGGCCUUCCUUCUGAAAUUUGUGAAUGCUUACACACCCAUUUUCUACGUUGCUUUCUUCAAGGGCCGAUUUGUUGGACGCCCAGGAGAUUAUGUCUACAUUUUUCAUUCUCUUCGAAUGGAAGAGUGUGCUCCUGGUGGUUGCCUGAUGGAAUUGUGUAUACAACUUAGCAUUAUAAUGUUGGGCAAACAACUGAUUCAGAAUAAUCUUUUUGAAAUUGGCAUCCCUAAUCCAGUUUGGUUUUGUAACCCUGUUUGUUGCAUCCUUCCCAUUGGCUCCCUUGUUUGCAUUACUAAACAAUAUCAUCGAGAUACGUCUGGAUGCAAAGAAAUUUGUCACUGAGCUUAGGAGACCAGUUGCAGUGAGAGCUAAAGAUAUAGGAAUAUGGUAUAAUAUCCUCAGAGGGGUAGGAAAAUUGGCUGUGAUCAUAAAUGCAUUUGUGAUCUCAUUCACAUCUGACUUCAUUCCACGCCUCGUGUACCUGUAUAUGUACAGUGAGAGUGGCACCAUGCAUGGCUUCGUGAACCAUACACUAUCCUAUUUUAAUGUCAGCGAUUUUCAAAGAGGAACUGCUCCAAAAGAUGAUAUGGAGCUUGGCUAUCAAGUGCAAAUAUGCAGAUACAAAGAUUAUAGAGAACCUCCAUGGUCUGAAAAUAAAUAUGACGUUGCAAAAGAUUUUUGGGCUGUGCUUGCAGCAAGAUUAGCAUUCGUAAUAGUGUUUCAG